GAAAUGAUAGGUCCAGACGGCUCCUAACCUCUCAAGUGGCUGAGGUUUGACUGGUAGUUAUCCAGAGCCGGUAUGGCUGUGGCGGGAGACGAGGCCUGGAGUCAGGCUGCUUGUGGAGUUUAUUCUUCGUUGUGGCAAGCUUCAACUUUGCCAGAGUGAAUUCCAACAACCGAACCCGCCUUCCUCUUGAAACUGAUCUCAGAAAGCACGUCGAACCGCAUAAAGACGGGAAUGAAGAAGCAUUCCCAUGCCGGGCCAAUAGCGGCCGGCGGGUGAUGGAGCGCGGCGAGACUGAUUGGCAAGAGGCAACAGUGGGUGUUUCAAACGGCGCAAGGAGGCAACCGGCGGUGAAGCUGAGUGCAGCCGACCCCUCUCCGUCGCCCAGCGACGACGAGGAGCAGGCCUUUCUGGUGGAUUCUCGAAUUGCCUCCGAAAUCGAUUGACGGGUAAAUAUGUCAGGAGGGCCGGAAAACACCAGAAGAUGGCAACUGAUCGCCCCAAACCGACGGUGACAGUUGAGGCGGCUGGCCCCUGACCACCAGCUGGUUCCCCUUGACCAGUCAGCCUCAGCCACCAUCUCUAUACAUAGAUAAGCAGCCUCGUGGUCGGAGGAUUCGACACCACAUUCUCGUUUGUUUGUUUCGGUGUGCUGGCCGGCAGCUUCCUUCUUACGACAAUAUUGUCCUGCAAUCCACGGCCCACUGCGCAUUGCGCUGCAGCCCGUUGCAGUCUGCCUCCGAAGUGCCUUGGCUGAAUCUCGAUCACGGGAGUUCGUCCCAUAAUUAUCUUCAUGCUCAAGCCUUGCCAUUCCUGGGUUCCCGAGGUGAAUGGAAGCACGCUCCUCAGGCUGCCCAAUGCUCCUGAGGAAGGGGAAAUGCAAGAUUAGGCGCCAGCCCCAGUUCUCGACGAACUGCAAGGCUGGGGUACCGCCUCGCAAUCACGGGUUCUGUGCAAGUGCAAGACAAAGUUGAGGUGUCAGCCCUCGGGUAGUGAUCCUGGAUGGAG